GCCCGGGCGUCACAUGACAAGGCGGCAAGAUGGCGGCCUUCCCCUGGCAUGCAAGAAUUAGGAAUUAUGCAACAGAGUUUGAAUCAUGCAGACUGGAAGCUGUUUCCCUGGAAUUUGGGGACUAUCAUCCACUAAAACCUAUUACAGUUACUGAAUCCAAGACCAAGAAAAUGAGUCGGAAAGGAAGCACUUCCUCUACCUCCUCCUCGUCUUCCAGUUCAGUGAUGGAUCCACUGAGCAGUGUGCUGGAUGGAACUGAUCCCUUGUCAUUAUUUGCAGCAACAGCAGAUCCAGUGACAGCUGCAGCUAACAUGGAUAGUACACGAAAGAAACGAGAUAAAGAGGACCAUUUGGCUGUAGGCAGUGACUUUGAACCAUGGUCAAGCAAGCGUGGUGAAAUCCUUGCUAGAUACACAACAACUGAAAAACUCUCCAUUAAUCUUUAUAUGGGGUCUGAAAAAGGCAAAGUUACAACUCCUGGCUCAGCAGUUUCUGAGAAGGUACGAACAAGGCUAGAAGAGCUGGAUGACCUUGAAGAGGGUUCACAAAAAGAGUUGUUGAAUUUAACUCAGCAGGAUUAUAUAAAUCGAAUUGAAGAACUCAACCAGUCACUAAAGGAUGCCUGGUCCUCUGACCAAAAAGUAAAAGCUCUAAAAAUAGUUAUCCAGUGUUCCAAACUUCUUUCGGACACAACAGUAAUCCAGUUUUAUCCAAGUAAAUUCGUAUUAAUUACAGAUAUACUUGAUACUUUUGGAAAACUUGUGUAUGAAAGAAUUUUAUCCAUGUGUGUGGAUAGUCGUGUCUCUUUACCAGAUAAUUUCACUCCAGAAAGUGUUAAUGAUACUGCCAAAGAAACUUGCUUAAAUUGGUUCUUCAAGAUCGCUUCCAUCAGAGAGCUCAUUCCCAGAUUCUAUGUGGAAGCAGCAAUACUGAAAUGCAACAAGUUUCUAUCAAAAACGGGAAUUUCAGAGUGUCUCCCACGGUUGACAUCUAUGAUUAGAGGAAUCGGAGAUCCACUGGUUGCUGUCUGUGCAAGAGCAUACCUGUGCAGGGUUGGGAUGGAAGUGGCUCCUCAUCUCAAAGAAAGUCUCAACAAAAAUUUUUUUGACUUCCUUCUAACAUUUAAACAAAUACAUGGAGAUACAGUUCAGAAUCAGCUGGUAGUCCAGUGUGUGGAGAUUCCAUUGUAUUUGACUCUCUAUUCUCCAGCUAUUGAUUGGAUUUUACAGUGUAUUGCAUACCGUGCUCCAGAGGGACUGCUUACUGAGAUGAUGGAAAGAUGCAAGAAACUGGGGAAUAAUGCCUUACUUCUGAAUUCAGUGAUGUCAGCAUUCAGAGCUGAGUUUAUUGCUGCAAGGUCUAUGGAUUUUAUUGCCAUGAUUAAGGAGUGUGAUGAAUCUGGAUUCCCCAAGCACCUUCUCUUCCGCUCCCUGGGGCUAAACUUGGCAUUAGCUGAUCCUCCUGAAAGUGAUCACCUUCAAAUAUUAAAUGAAGCCUGGAAAGUUAUCACAAAAUUAAAGAACCCACAGGAUUAUAUUAACUGCGCUGAAGUGUGGGUGGAGUACACCUGCAGACACUUUACAAAGCGUGAGGUCAAUACUGUUCUGGCAGAUGUUAUCAAACAUAUGACUCCGGAUCGUGCUUUUGAAGAGGCUUACCCACAGCUGCAGUCAAUUAUUCAGAAAGUCAUUACUUAUUUCCAUGACUUUUCCAUACUUUUCUCAAUGGAGAAAUUCUUACCAUUUUUGGAUAUGUUCCAGAAGGAGUGUGUGAGAGUGGAGGUUUGCAAGUGCAUUAUGGAAGCUUUUAUUAAGCAUCAGCAAGAAUCUACUAAAGACCCAGUCAUACUCAAUGCUCUUCUACAUGUGUGCAAGACCAUGCAUGACUCUGUGAAUGCACUAACACUUGAAGAUGAGAAGAGAACGUUAGCAGCUUUGAUAAAUGGAUUUAUAAAAAUGGUUUCAUUUGGCCGUGACUUUGAACAACAGCUGAGUUUCUAUGUUGAAGCCAGAUCAAUGUUUUGCAAUUUGGAACCUGUUCUUGUCCAGUUGAUUCAUUCUGUGAACCAGCUGGCAAUGGAAACAAGAAAAGUGAUGAAAGGGAAUCAUUCCAGAAAGACUGCUGCAUUUGUCAGAGCUUGUGUUGCCUUCUGCUUCAUUACAAUUCCAUCUCUGGGUAAUAUCUUUGCAUGUCUUAAUCUGUACCUACACUCUGGACAAGUUGCCUUGGCAAAUCAGUGCCUUUCACAAGCUGAUGCUUUUUUCAAAGCUGCAGUGAGCCUUGUUCCUGAAGUGCCAAAGAUGAUCAAUAUAGAUGGAAAGAUGAGGCCCUCUGAAACAUUUCUCCUGGAAUUCCUUUGUAAUUUCUUUUCCACUUUGUUAAUUGUUCCGGACCAUCCAGAACAGGGUGUGUUGUUUCUUGUUCGAGGACUACUAAAUGUGAUCCAGGAUUAUACUUGGGAGGAGAAUUGUGAUGACAAAAUCCGGAUUUAUACUAAUGUUUUGCAUCUGCUCUCCGCAAUGACUCAAGAGACUUAUAUCUACCAUGUAGACAAAGUUGAUUCCAAUGACACCCUCUAUGGUGGAGACUCCAAAUUCCUAGCUGAAAUUAAUAAGGUGUGUGAGACAGUGAUAACACAGAUCCUGGACCACCUCAAGACCCUUGGAAAGGAUGAGACCCUGAAGCGCCAGAGCCAAUUGGCACUUUAUUUCUUUAAUACCAUCCUAGCUCAUGGAGAUCUACGGAACAACAAACUAAACCAGCUGUCUGUCAACCUCUGGAACCUUGCUCAGAAGCAUGGCUUUGCUGACACCAAGACCAUGGUUAAAACACUAGAAUACAUCAAGAAGCGAAGCAAACAACCUGAAAUGAGUCAUUUUGCCGAGCUGGCAUUAAGACUCCCACUGCAGUCCAGGACCUGAUGAAUGUUAUCCUUCCCAGGGAGUCAUCUGUGCAGAGGGGCACAAAGCCAAGUCCAUAAAAUGUGGUUUAUGCUGGGUUUUCAUUGGAGUUUUAAUGUAUUUUUAUUUUUAAGUUUUACUUAGAACGUAACAUUUAUUGGGACAAAGGUAAAAAGUAAAACUCCUGACAUAAGCUACAAUAAUUUGAACUCCGUUUGUUUCCAGAUGUGCCAUUAAACUCUGAUUUAAAUGCUAACAUAGACCCAGUAAAGUGCAUAUUUAAAAUUUCUGAUGGUAUAUAACUUUCCAACCCCUAAUCUGACCUGACUCUAACAACAGAGGAAGGAAAUCCACAUAUAUAAAUUCAGAAGCCCCCAACUGCUUUCCAUUUGCAAGGCAGUCUAUUCUCCUAUGUGGAAAGCAAUGUUUUCAUAUAACAGUCUACUUAAAGAAAUCAGCAGUAGUUCUAGUUGAGAUGUAUAGUUCUCAGAUGCCUUAUUUUGGAUUGUUUCCAGCAUUUAUAUGUCCAUUUCCAGUAAAAUCUGGACAUGGCUGAGAUACUACUCUUCUGGAUGUGAAAAAAUCUUCUUGGUUACAGACAUGUUUAUAGCUUCAUUUUAGUCUAAAACUGUUCUGUAAUUUUCUUCCGUUUUAUCCAGCAAUCAAUAAGAAGUCUUUAGAGGAAUAUAUAAAUGUAUUCAGAGAAAUUCUGUGUAUUCAGUCAAAAUGAACCAUAUCAUUAAAUAAAACUGUUAAUGUGCAGUUUAGUUCAUCUGUUCUUUUUCACUAAUGCAGUCAUCACAUGACUGAAAUCCUGUGAUUAUUUGUUACCUUUGCUUUUAUGCUGCCUAAAAAUCCUACUCUACUGUUUCUCAUCUUUGGCAAGGAGCCAUGAUAUGAGGUUGCAGCUACUGUUUGUGCUUUAGUUUUGUGCUUUACUGCUGUUUGUGCUUUAGUUUUGGUUGCGAGUUCAGGUAAUUACUGAGCUAAUUUCCAAGCAAUGACUAGGAAUGAGUUAAAUAAUUGAAGCAAAUUUUACAUAAAAAUGUUGCCUUGUGCAGAGGUUGGAAAAUUAUAUGAAGGGGUAACUAGUUCACAGGAGUGAAAUUCUGUAAUAACUGCUCCAUGAGUGAGGGAAUGUGUAAUGUUUAAUGUAGGUUGGUUGGUUUGUUGGUCUAUUUUAAUUUGACUUUUCACAUACUCUCCUUUAUGAUCCAAGUGACACCUCUGAUUAAAACAAGGGGUUCAAAGCCCCAAGACAUGUCUUAGCUGGAGAGUGCAGGAGCUGAUCCAGGCAAUGACUGCAGGUAGUACUAGAUCUGCAGUGUUUUUUCCUACUUGCUUUGCAGAUGUUCAGUAUUUUCAAUAGUACCACUUGCGUGGGUUAAAAGUGGAUGCAGCUUCCCUGAUACUGAAGAAAAAAGGAAGUUGACUGAUGUAAUGAUUGGCCUGAGGUGGUGAAUGACUGCUACAGUUGCCGGGCAACCACUGGAUUCUGUGCGACAUAAUUUGACUGUGUAAUGAUUAUAUCAAAGGGUCCAGUUGUCAAUGGACACAAACUGCCUAUACUGUAAUACUGAGCUCACAAUGCAGGGUUAUAGAAGACUAAAUGAGUGAUUGGAUGCUUAAUUUUUAAAAUGAAGUUUGGAAAUUAGGUUUUUCAAAACCAAUUGUGUAGGGUAUGCAACUGUUACAAGAGUUUCUGAUAGCUGCACCACAUGGAACGAUCUGUGCACUGCUUGUUCCAAGACCAGAUACUGGACACGGUCCAGCAGAAGCAUAAAUCCAUGUGGGCACCAGUGGCUCUAACUCAGGGGUGGGAAAUUAUUUUGGCUGGAGGGCCACUUAAUGAGUUUGAGAGCUGUUGUGGGCUACGCACAUA